AUGCGAAAGGAGCGGGAAGGCAAUGAUGGUUGGACUAUCUCUGUCCACAAUGGCACUCACAAUCAUCCCCUAGCGGUGUACUUGGAGGGGCAUUCUUAUCCUGGAAGGUUGUCGGCGGAGCAAACUGCCAUGUUGGUGGAUUUGUCAGUCUCUAUGGUUAAACCCAAACAAAUUCUAAGUCAGUUAAAGGGCAAUGAUCCUUCGAACGUCACGACAAUCAAACAUGUGUACAAUGCACGACAUAAGUACGGAGUGAUAGAGAAAGCUGGGAGAACUCAAAUGCAACAUCUAAUGGCUCGACUACAACAUUUUAGUUAUGUUACGGACUUGUUUUGGGCUCCCCCUUGCGCUGGCGAGAUGUUACGUGCUUUCCCUCGAGUGUUAAUGAUGGAUUGCACGUACAAGACAAAUAGGUACAAGUUUCCAUUGCUGCAAAUUGUUGGCGUAACAUGUACGGAGUUGACUUUUAACGUAGCCUUUGCUUUCAUUGAGUGUGAAAAGGCGGAAAACUACACUUGGGUGUUGGAGAAGUUAAAGGGCAUGAUGGAUGCUGAUGCACUUCGGGUUGUUAUCGUCACGGAUAGGGAGUUGGCGCUUAUGAAUGCCAUCAGAAGUGUUUGGACAAUCUAUUGUGACUCUAUAGCAAAAAAUUGGGCUGUACCAUAUGUCAAGGCCAUUCAAAAGUUCAAGGAGAUCAUUGGCAAUGACGUUGCAACAAAGGAGGUCAUCGAUGUGGAUUAG